CAAGACAUGAUCAUUUUUCUGGCAGAGCAAAAAUGUCACAGUUCUUUGGUAUUUUCAAAAUUCGUGUUUGGAGUUGCAUGAAUUUGGUUAUUUGUUUAAUAACAGGUAUAGUCUUCCGGUUCUGUCACUGUAAUGUUUGCAUGAGGAGUACUUUAUAGACACAGACUGUAAACUGUGGAUUUGCUGCUCUGAUGUUUCUUUCCUUGUAAGCUGCAGCUUGUCCCCUUACUCGCACAGAUGGAAGUGGCCCUGGAGAUGAAGCUUUAGUGCUUCUGCUGUGCUGCAGCUUUUUCAUCCAGGUGUGGUGGUGAUCUGAGGAGAAAGCCUACAAAGCAUUAAUAUGCCGUAUGACUUUAUCCUUGUUAACAUCUGUCUUCUUACCUACUUAUUUUAACCCUUUUCCAACAUGCCCUUGUUCCGCCAUCACCCCACUGGCAGCCUACUCAAGAAUCCAGCCCAUGUCUGGGGGACAAGGUGGUGAGCAGCAGGGCUUCCCAGCCUGGGGGGUGUGUGAUAGUGCAGGCAGGGGCCAGAAACCGCCUCCCAAAAACCCUGUGGUGGUGGCAAUGUAAUUAAUUGGUUGGGGUCUGCUAAUAGAAAAGAACUUCUGAUUGGUGUUACUUUGAAAGGGAUCUUAUGUUUGAAAUCACUGUGGGACAAAUCAGCUAAUGCAACAGGACGGGAAGAUACCUGCUGGUUUAGGAUCCAUUUCUAACUCUUUGCAUGAUUUCUAAUUUUUCUGGGCUUAGUUUCCAGUUCCUUCUCUAGCUUUCUGUUGCAGUGACCAGCUUUCUAAAGUACUGUUUUGAACAACGGCAGUCAGAGCAGUUAAGCUACUAGGAAACCAACCUAGAGAAGAAUUGAACUCAGGAUGUAUGAAGAAAUCCAACUGACAUGUACACUGUCACCAUCCUCUCAGAUCCCUGUUGCAAUGGAUUCUUUUUUUCCUUUCUGUGGUCACUUAGGUAAAAACUGCAAAAAAGGAAAUAAUUGCUGUGUUGUGCUAAAAUAUCCUUGUAUAACCUAAGUGGCAUAGGAAAAAAAUGAAUUGUUUAUACAGGAAUAACUGUAUUUAAAAUCUCUUUAUUAAAAGGAAUCAAAAAUAAAUAAGGGAACCUCAGGGCACUGGAUCAUUCGCUUGAGAUUCAUCAAACAGCUGACCCUUCUCUGAAGUUUUUAAUCAUCACCGCAGAAGCAAAACCAAGUGUCGUUCCAUCCUGCUGUGGAUCCUGGGUAGCAGUGUUGUUCUUUCACAUUCUUCAGAACACAUACCAGUUACCUGAAGUUUUUAAUAACAAAUCUCACUUGGAGUGUGAACCGAAGCAGAUGUGCGAAUAUAGAGGUCACGAUGUUUCUUUGCUCUGCAGCUUUUUUUUCUCUGGACGUAAUUUACCUUUCUACACAGAACAAAAACUAGCAUAUUGGGAAAGUUCAAGAACAAUCCUUUCAGCUCAGCCUUGUGAACAGCUGCCAGAGAUCUGAGGAGGAAGGAUCUCCCAAGGAAAAGAAUGCACAUGAACUUCUCGCUUCAAUCUGUUAGCCCAGACUGAGCAGAACAACAGGGGCAUGAAAUGAGGAGCAGCUUAGAGCAUGGCUGGGCACUGCUGAGACUUGCCCUGUUAUAACCUCAUCAGGUCUACUUGGGAUUUCAGUUAAUACGACUCACAGAGCAUAAUCCAUGGAGAAUCAUGAUUGGAUCCAUAGACGGACUGUUGGACUGGAUGACCUCUUCCAGCCUUACAGAUUCUAUGACUGUACGACAGACUCUACGAUUCCACAUUUUCCUGCCUCUUUGGGAUGCGCACUGCCGCCUUUAUAUGUCUGGAAAGAAAGGUCCAAGCAUGGUGAAGCUGGGGAGUAAUUUGAACGACAAGAACAGCAAACCACCAUCCAGCGAAGAUGGGUUUCAGACAGUUCCUUUGAUCACACCUUUGGAAGUAAAUCACCUGCAGUUCCCAGCUCCGGAAAAGGUAAUUGUGAAAACAAGAACAGAGUACCAGCCUGACCAGAAGAACAAAGGAAAACUCAGAGUGCCCAAAAUUGCUGAAUUCACAGUCAGUUUCACUGAUGGUGUAACAGAAAGACUAAAGGUCACUAUUCUCAUAAGUCUGGCUCUUGCAUUCCUUGCCUGCAUAGUGUUUCUUGUGGUAUACAAAGCCUUUACUUACGACCACAGUUGCCCAGAUGGAUUUGUUUAUAAGCAUAAGCGGUGCAUCCCGGCCUCCCUGGAUGCCUACUACUCCGCACAGGAUUCCAACUCCCGGGGCAGGUUCUACACCGUCAUCAGCCACUACAGCAUGGCCAAGCAGACCAGUUCCCGGGCUGUAUCGCCCUGGCUGUCCUCAGGGUCAGUAAACCAUGAAGCCAAGGCUGCCAAAACAGAAGGUCAUUAAAAUUAACGAGUGGUG